UUGCCCCAGAAAGGACUGGGAGGCGGCUCAGUCGCGCAGCCGUCGCCAUGGGGUCCGGUCGCAGCCCCCUCCUCCUCCUCCUGCUCCUCCUCCUCUUCUGGGGCGACUUCGCCCUCUGGGGAUCCCUGCACUCCGUCUCCGGGCUCUUUGAAGGGAGCUGCAGCAUCUUCCCCAAUGAUUCCCAACGAUGUGGGGAGCCUAAAAACCGUUUUUUCUACAACAUCACCUCCAAGAGCUGCGAGCCUUUCGUUUACCAUGGGUGCCCUGGGAAUCGCAAUCGCUACCACACCAUUGAGGAAUGCCAGCGCUACUGCGGAAACAUUGAGAAGCCUGGCUUCUGCCCGCCGAGCCCUCGCGGUGCUUCAGGGCCAUGCUGGACAAGAUGUUUGCAUGACGGUAGCUGCCCAGAGAUGGAGAAGUGCUGCUCCUAUGGCUGUGCCUUGUACUGCAUGAAGCCCGUCACAGACCUCUGCCAGUUGCCUUCUGAACCCGGGCCUUGCGAUUUAAAAGUGAAACGCUGGUUUUAUGACCCGAAGAUCCAAAGGUGCAAGAAAUUCACCUACGGGGGCUGCGCCGGGAAUGCCAACAACUUCAAGAAACAUUUGGAGUGCCGCUUGAGAUGCCGCAAGAGAGGAACUCCCUGAGGGCUCCGUGGAAGAAGCUCGGCCUGCUUUGUGCCGAACGGAGAGAGAGGCUGGU